GAUCCGCCGAGGUUGGCGAGAGGGUGAAGAGCGGCAGCGUCGGUGCCGAGAGGCAAUUGUGACAUGAAAGAACCGACAUUUGAGGAGGGAAGGUCACCAAAGGUGUUUGUAGGUGCGAUGUCGGGCUGGUUUGGGGGAGCAUCGAUAGUAGGUGCCGCAACUGCUGGCGCAUCCUCAGUCUUCUUCUUUCCAAGGCCGAACCAGGACAUUAUGAUGAUCUGUAACGACGCGACCGUUAGCAACGAAUCAUAUCCACGGCGGACGAGAUCGAGUUCGUCGCCAACACAGUCUACGACAUUGUCGGAGUUGUUGUCGCAGUUGGAUAUUGAGAGUAAGAUUAAGGAGGGUGCGGAGAAUUUGUUGGUAAUGUUUGAGAAGGGGAGGAAGAAGAAUGGAACGGAGGAUAACCCGAGGGAGCGAGCAAGGAGAAAGGCGGAGCACGAGUUGGAUGCGGCGAAUAUGCGGAUUGCUCAUCUGAAGGAGCAGGUGGAGAGUGUCCAGGUAUCGUCACCAGUGAAGAGACGACCAGGAAGGCCAGGGAACGAAGUCAAGAAACACCAACAGCGGCCAUCACUGACCUCUCGACCCUCACUUCCGACAUUGAACUCGUUUCAGUCUGGAGCCCUGGCAUCCGACGAAAUCCGAGAAGACAACAAUGAUUCGCCAACAUGGUCACUCUCCGACAUCCUCCAAUCCCUCGAAGAAACCCAUCACGAACCCCAAUUCUACGUCGACCGCGCAAACACUUUAGUCCGCCUCCUCAGCCGCCACCCGCUUCUCAAAUACGACUUGGCAUGGUCCGCGUUCGGAGCACGAAUCCAGUGGCUGCUAGGGUAUCCGGUCAAGGAAGUCUCAGCAGCGGCAUACCGAGUAGCUCGGCAUGCUAUGUCGGACCUCGACUCACUGCAAAUCUUGGAUGCGCUGCAGAUUGAGCUGUUCAUUAUCAAGACAUUGGCAAAGGAGAGCAAAGACAACCUUGAGAGAGAGCAAGCGGUGAAGUUGGUGAGAGUAUACCUUGAUAUACCCGGAGGCACAAGACUUCUCCCACGCUCGGUGGUGCGCGCUGUCGUUGCGGUGGCAGAGCACACUGAAGACAAACUCUCGAAUAUAUCCAUAGAGACACUAGCAGAACUGCUCAUUAUCGACCCAGCAUUACUCGUGGAUGCCGGCGGCAUGCGAAUUCUGCUGCAUACACUGACGGACGGUCCAGCUGGCAUCACUCAGCCCCUCAUCACCGCAUUCAUGUACAUACUCGGCUCACCACAUACCCGAAACUACAUCCACAACGGGGCGGACCUUGAUAUCGUCUUAUCCGCUUUCACUGAAGCGCAUGCCAAAGCUCAUGUCUCUGAAGACCGUCUCAAUAUCGCCCGGAGCGUUGUCACUACGAUGUUGAAGGGCUGGCCGGGUGUGUUUGCGUUGUGUAUGGAUGGGAUGCGACCCAUACGGAGUGUGGUUGAUGCACUUCGGAUACCUGCGAGUGGUGUGAGGGUUGCUGUGAUGGAUCUCGUUGCGGAUGUAUUGGGUAUCAAGGAUCCAAGUUGGACUACGACGUUCCUGGCGGGGAGACGGAUAACGAUGUUCGGAAGACCGUCACUACAAGUCUCUGGAAUAUCGGCAUACGAGCAGAAGAGGAAACCCGAAGAGAAUCGCAUGGCAUUGAAAGAGCAUUUCGAGGCGUUGUUAUUAUGCAUCCUUUUCGAUGUUGGGUUGUUGGAUGCUUUACAGGUUGUCAUUGAAGACAGGGAUGAGGAGAGUACGAUGAGGAAAGCUACGCUGCUUAUUGGCGAAUUGCUGCAGCUCGCUGGUCGAGUAUUGCCGUUGUCGUAUAGCAGCAGGCUAAGUACAUUGGGGCGGUUAUUCGAGGCCGCGGUUGAGUUCGGGCAUAAAGACCGUUUCGUGGCAACGAGUGCGUUGAUGCAGAUUGAGUCAUUUAACCGCAUCGGUAACCGACCACAAUGGGUUUCAUAUCGAGAGAGAUACUCGAGCAGCAAUGAUCAACAACGUGGACAACGCCAGGUCGAACAGGUCAAAAUCAAGAUGAACCUGAACAUCGAUGAUACCCAUUUUCGAAACAUGGUUAUGGAGACACAAGUUCCGAGCACGAAGAAUUUUACGAAAUGGAAUUGGGAUACGCUGCUGGAGCUCGUACAAGGUCCACUUCGGAACCCGAAGAGGUUGGAGGAGAGUAUUCGGGCUUCGCAUUUGAUGAGGCGGUUGAUUAGCUUCUUCAAGCCGUUUAAGUUUCGGUACUCGAAUAUGAAGAAGACGAAGCCGAAUCAGCGGUAUACGACGUUCGGGUGUGCUUUGCUGAAGACACUCUUGUCAAAUCAGGAAGGUAUUCGAUAUUUGACUGAGAGUAAGCUGGUUAAGCAGAUUGCGGAAUGUCUGUCACAGCUUGAACCCGUAGCUACCUUCGUCAACGAAGAACCCGUGUUCUCGAAGCGACGGAUGGAAGAUACCCUGAGUUCGGGAUACUUUGCUCUGCUAGGUACGCUUAGCUCACAAAAGGAGGGUAUCGCAUUGAUGGAGCAUCAUCAUAUCUUCAAUAUGUGUUACCAUAUUUCAGACCUGAAGAAUCGAGAUGAUUUGGUGAUGGCGUUUGUUGAGAAUAUGGAUUAUUCGCUUGAGGGACAUUCACGGAUCAUCCUCUCAAAGGCGUUGACGACUGGUUCGAAGGCUGUCCGAAUGUUUGCUACCAAGCAUCUGGCUUCCAUCACGAAGAAUUCUAAGUCUGCUGAACAAGCUCAGUGGGCACUAAAGCUCCUGACUACGCAAUUGUACGAUCCCUUUGUGGACGUUUGUGAGGUCGCUGUCAGAGUAUUGGAGGAAGCAUGUGAUCUGAUGUGCAACUUGCAGUAUGUCGUCAAACUCAAGCCAGCCCUCGACCACCUUGGUGAAAUUGGUGCGCCGCUGAUGUUACGUUUCUUGUCUACGAGCAUUGGCUUCCAGUAUCUGAAUGAGCUUGACUACAUUGGUAAGGAGAUGGAUGACUGGUUCCAUGGCAGGAAUGAAUCAUACGUGGCAUUGGUCGAGGCAUGCCUUGCUAAGGUCUUUUCUGGUGAUGACCUGCGGUCUAGUCGAAGCGAUAAUGACGCAUCGUCGGUGUUUGACGGCACAGCUCCUCCACACUUCUACGGUGAACUUGCGAAGACGGAAGAAGGAUGUCGGGCACUUGCUGAGAAGGGGCAUUUCCAACAAUUCUGCAACUACAUCCGUGAGUUUGGUCAGGAGAGUCGAGAUGAGGAUAUCAUUCUGAAGGUUAAGAGUUGUCUUUGGGCAGUCGGUAACAUUGGGUCCACAGCGGGUGGUGCACCCUUCAUCUGCGAAGCUGGCGUUGCAGAGCACAUUGUUCAAAUAGCUGCAACGAGCAAAGUGAUGUCGCUCAAAGGAACUGCGUACUUCGUGCUUGGGGCGAUCGUAAACACUGAGCGGGGAGCAGCCAUUCUCGGUGAACUCGGGUGGGAGACUGUAACCAACGCCCUAGGAAUACCUCUGGGUCUGUGUGUUCCCGAUGAUCUAGGGAAAUUUUUGACUAUCACCAAAGACGAACCUGCACCAGACAAAGCGACUGGUCGACGUGAAAGCUCUGGUGAGGCGGAGUUUACUGUGUUGAAUCUUGUGGAUGAUCCCGUUGACCGAGAGAUUCUUGCGGCCAUUAGUGGGUUGUCGAAUCACAUCCUCGCCAAUGAGGCUUCGCGGACUUUGGCAAAGUUGAAGUCGCGCUACGGUGCAAAGUUCGGCUCUCCAUCCCUCUACAAAGCAGUGCUGUAUCUCCUGGAGGUGUAUCGGUACAGAUUGCCUGUACGGCGGUUCUUGAUGGAGCUGUUCAAGAAGGACAUCAUUCAGCGGGUUAUCGACCAAGGCGGCGGAAGCGAGGAGCCACAAAAUGCCGAAGUGAAGCCAUGAUUGGGAAGAUUUCACUUGUCAUACCUAGGCAUAUAGCAUAUGUCACUACGCCCAUACAUCUGCGUCUGGGGGAUUUAUCGGAAACGGAGUUAUGGCGUUUCUUUCAUUGGGGUGAGGAGUUACACUAUGAUUAGAUUCCAUGUCUGCCGCCGUGAAGGCGGGCAGCAUUUCCACUGC